AUGAAUUAUCCUCUAUUUAGAAUGCUCACUUUAAGGAGGGCAGCGGUGCACAAAACAACUAGCGACCAUCGCCAAGUCCAUUAUCUCGAACGCGUAUCCCACAUUUUUGGAGAUUUUGUCUCCCGCGGAAGGGAAGAAACGCGGAAAAGGUCCACCAGUCGUAAACCGAUGGUUCUCGUACAGAGGAGGACAUUGGAGGCUACGUGUUUGCAGGCCGCUGAACCAAAAAAAGGUGGCGUUUCCCGACGUCGAAGUUCGUGUGAGGUCUUCUCGGGGACGGCGGAAGAACCGACAUCUCCGAAAGAAUGGGUAUAUUAUCGAGCGAACCGGCCUUCGUGGAACAUCAACACCAAGGCUCCGAGACGGACAAGUCCUUCUGCUAGAUCCGGUAGGGGACUAGUGCUUCGAUUUGUUUGUGGAACUCUGUUAUUUUGGAUUCUGUCGUUAAGCUUGAAAAGACAGGUUGGACCGGCGCUGAGGGCAUUCGAAGCCGAGCUUGCCCUCACCGUGCUCCAAGGAAACCAAGCGAUCGACUUUUACGCUGGCACAGUUGGAGAAGAAGCACAACAAACCAAAAAUCUCUUGAAGGCUCUGCAGAGAGCAAAAGCUGCUCUGGAGAAGCAGAUAGAGGCACGGCAAAUAAAGAUCUUUUACAGCUCCGGUGAAACACAAGCCUCUUCCUACCAGCCAGUCGAUAGCGAAAUCACCCAAUGGCUCGAUGAGAAGGAAAUUGCUUUAGAGCACAAAAUUGCGGUGCUACAAACAAACUUGAAACAGCUUAGUCGAGAUUUUGUCAAUAGCCGAUACGGACCUGGUCCCCAUCGUGUCGAAUUUGCAAUCGAGUUUCGCAACCACGAAAAUUUGCCCGUUCCUCAAAGUUUUAUCGUAGAACUCGCUCCCCUGGAUCUUUUACCCCAUGCGGUGCACUUUUUCUUAGAUCUUGUUCAUCACGGCAUAUGGAAUGACACUGUCUUUCUACACCAUGAGGAUGUGAGACACAUAAUUGCGGCGGCUCCUAUCGACUUUGACACCCAAGAAAUUAAGUUUAGACAGCUAGAUGAACUCGAAUGGAGUGGCUUGGGAUUCCCCGAAUAUUCGAAGGAAAUGGCGCACGAAAAAUAUACGCUCGGAUUUGCCGAUCGGGGUCCCACGUUCUAUAUCAACACAAUGGACAACACGGUUGCCCAUGGCCCAGGCGGUCAGGGACAUCACACACUUCCGAAUGACGCCGAUCCGUGCUUUGCCAAGAUAGUGGAAGGGACAAAGGUCGUGGACUCGCUAGUCCGUAUGGGAUUGUUACACACCAAGUUUGAAGAAGGUCAGAGCCAUCCGUGGGCCGAUAGUGAGCACACCUGGACGCGUAUUGUCUCUGCCGCAAUACUGUAG